ACCCUGCAGGCCAGGUGGGACUGGACCUGGGCCCGGCUUCCUGGGCGGGGAUUCCCUCCGGGUCCCCAGGCGUAGGGGCGGGGCCGAGGCGUCCCUGACGCAGCCGGGGUGUUCCUCGCGGCAGGUGGCUCUAGGCUCCCCCCGCAGCCAUGGGAAACACCACCAGCGACCGGGUGUCCGGGGAGCGCCACGGCGCCAAGGCUGCGCGCUCCGAGGGUGCCGGCAGCCAUGCCCCGGGCAAGGAGCACAAGAUCAUGGUGGGGAGUACCGACGACCCCAGUGUCUUCAGCCUGCCGGACUCCAAGCUACCUGGAGACAAAGACUUUGUAUCAUGGCAGCAGGAUUUGGAUGACUCUGUAAAGCCUACACAGCAGGCCCGGCCUACUGUUAUCCGCUGGUCUGAAGGGGGCAAGGAAGUGUUCAUCUCUGGGUCCUUCAACAAUUGGAGCACCAAAAUUCCACUGAUUAAGAGCCAUAAUGACUUUGUUGCCAUCCUGGACCUCCCCGAGGGAGAACACCAGUACAAAUUCUUUGUGGAUGGGCAGUGGGUUCAUGAUCCAUCAGAGCCUGUAGUUACCAGUCAGCUUGGUACAAUUAACAAUUUGAUCCAUGUCAAGAAAUCUGAUUUUGAAGUAUUUGAUGCUUUAAAGCUAGACUCUAUGGAAAGCUCUGAGACAUCAUGUCGAGACCUUUCCAGCUCACCCCCAGGGCCUUAUGGUCAAGAAAUGUAUGUGUUUCGAUCUGAGGAGAGAUUCAAAUCCCCACCCAUCCUUCCUCCUCACCUACUUCAAGUUAUUCUUAACAAGGACACUAAUAUUUCUUGUGACCCAGCCUUACUGCCUGAGCCCAACCAUGUAAUGUUAAACCAUCUCUAUGCAUUGUCCAUUAAGAUAAAGAAACUAGAGCUCAGAGAAUGUCAAAUUGCCAGACAGUGUGAUGGUCCUUAGUGCAACUCACCGCUACAAGAAGAAGUAUGUCACUACGUUGCUGUACAAACCCAUCUGAAGGCUUCUUGCCUCUGAGGAUUCAGGAGAAGCCUCUUCCUUGCCUGUGAACUGAAGCAGUCUUCUCUGAGACUGGAAGGCUGAUUUGCUUUGAGGCUGAUGUGUGUGUUUCAGAGCCUCUGAGUAGGAUGCUCUGCUUUUGCAUUUGAUUACAGAUGAGAGCUUUAUGAGUUCAUGGAAUUUAUUUUAAGAACAACACAUAUAUAUAUAUAUAAAUAUAUGAGAGGAAGGUUAUUGGAAGCCUCUAGCCCCAGCUAGAUGAAUUAUUUCUGCCUGUGGGUACUUGCUAAGAACUGUUUGGGUGAGCUGCAGGAAUAACUACAUAGGAAGCAUUCUUUCUUAAAAUGAAAGAAUGGCAAACUCUUAGGAUCCUUGUUGGGCGGUGAUUCUACCACUGCUACCUUGGAUGUCCAAGGAUGGACUUGCACUAGACUGCUACCCUACUUAGAGCUGCCUCAUUGCAGACGUGGCUUUUCCUGCAUGGGUUCUCUAUAGUACCACAGUGUGUGACACAGUCUGUGCUUUUUUAUUUGAUACCACUUGCCCCAAAAGAACCCAUUUUCCCCUCAUUUCAGCUUCUUCCUUUUAAUAACUUUCAAAUUCUGUACCUGACCCCUCUAAUACAAAACUCCCUGGAUAAGUAACCCCUUUGAAAAGUCAUUUGAGGCCUGACCCAUCCUAGAAACUAGGGGUGCCAGAGGGUCUGCUGUUUAGCCCCUUAAAGGCUUGGGCCGCUUUGUUACAGCUUUUACUUCUACUUAAGGAAUGAAGUAUGACUUACAGUUAUAAGACAGAAUGCAGACCUGUUCCUUUUAGUUGGGAGCUACAGCUUCAGCAGUAUAGCACAUUCCCUUAGGUUUUCCCACCUGGCCUGGCCCUGCUUCCAACUUCUCUUUCUCAGAGCAACAGCUCUAGAUGAGCGUGGAAUUAAGGAAAACAGUUUCUUUCAUCUUUGAAAGAUUUUUGUGUGCCUACAUUUUUUCUUUAAUUAAAAAAAUGCCUUUCAUUGGUCUUAAGGGACUGUAUUGAAUAAUUUCAGGCUUUUAAAAAAUGGUGAAGAUUUUGUUCUCUAGAGAAAUCUGCAGUCUUACAUUAAAAUAGCCAUCAUUGCAUACAUCAUUACACUAAGCACUGCUAUAGAUAUUAAUCCACUUAGGCUCAUUUGAUACACAUCAUAGAUUCCCUUAAAGAUAUGUAAAGCCAUAAUACUACAAAUUAUCUGGUAUUCCUCACUAUGAACAUUGUUGCUCUUUGCACCAAAUAUUAACAAGGUUCUUUUUUCUUGUCUUUUUAAAAAUGUGUUUGAUGAGGAAGAGGAUCACUGAUACCUGUUUAUGGGCUGAAAAGUAACUGUUCAACCCACUCUUGAGGUUCCGAGAUAAAACAUAUUUCCCCAAGAAUGUUGGCCCUUCCAUUUUACAGAUAAAUGCAAGCCAAACAUUCAGCAUGUAAGGAAGCCCAAUUGUUUGGUAGUAGAGAUAGCUUUUGACUGCUAAAGUGAACCUAGCCACCAUGAAAGGUCUCCAACAGGUUAGUUUCUCUCUCUUCUUUCCAUCUAUGGCAGAGAUGGCAACACAGUUAGUUGUCUUUGGAUUUAUUGACCUCUUUGAUCUCAGCUAUGAAACAGAAAGGAGGCAGUUACUGUUUGUAGGAAAUUCAUUAGUGUUUUGGUAAUUGCUAAUUGUUGAAAGUUAGUCAUCCAAAGUUACUUUCAAGAGAGUUUUUUUGUGGUCCAAACCCCCUUUUCUUUUUUUUCUUUUUUUUUGUACCGGAGUUCAGACCUACGACCUUGCUUUCACUAGCCAGGCAGGUGCUUGUGCCACUGAGCUAAAUCCCCACUCCAAACCACUUUUUGAAUAGUGUGACAUUUUAAAAAUGCAUGCCAACUCUUACAGCCAACUCUCAAGAUCUAAAUAGUGUUCAGUUUUACUGGAAUUUUGUUUCUGUCUAGUUCCAGUGGAGUAAGUAGGCCAGCCAGGAAGAGUCAGGUUCUUGGAAGUUACACUGAGGAUUGUGUUGCGCUGGUUACUUCUUUUCAAGAGUAUUGAAACAUUGUAUAUGUGUAUUAAAAGUUUUACUCUACACUGGUGUCCCACUGUAGUGGAGUGAGAAGAAAGGCCUCCUCAAUUUGUCUCAGGCUGGAGGCUUCUGUGAAUUGGGCCUGGCUCUGGUGGCGGUAAGUUUUGCUGCUGGAGCUCUUCGUGUGUGGAAGUGUGCAGUGUGAAUUUCCCAAGAUUUAGAUGUUCUUUCAGACAACGUGAAAUGAGCUUACCAGCUGGUGUGGAAAGAGAUGAGUAGAGGAUCUGGGUGAUGCUAUCCAUUGUCCUGCUAACACAUAACCCAAGAAACCUCUCCUGAUAAGUCACAGGAAGUUUCUAGAGGGAAGAGGAAGGAGGAAAGUAACCCAAAGUAUAACUCACCUAUCCUUUUAUAUAGUGUUUAGUUAAAGUGGUAGCUUAUUUUCUGCAAAAGAGCAUUUGUCAGAUUUGAAAACAAGUAAGGCAAAAUGGUCCAAGCCUUUUUUUUAAUGUGCGCAACUGGGGACAUUUUGCAGAGCCAUAGUUAACCAAAAAAGGAAAAAUAGUCCUCAAGAAGGGCUGACCCAUAAAUAACUAUAGUAUUUGGGUUGUAGGAAAAAGAAAAGUGCCUGAGCUGAGGAGGACAGUAAGAAACUAAAGGCUUACAUAGCUUAGAACUGAAAAUAACCUUUUUAAAAGAAAGUAAAAUCAGAAAUAGCCUAGUGGUAUUUUUGGAUCUUACUGUACAAAAUUUAACAGGAGAUAGUACAUCUCUCUUUUGUCUCUUAUUGUUCCUAUUCUCUACUUUACUUUGUGUUUUCCUUUUACUUGGGCAGACUUCAGUAGAGUUUAAGUAUUACUUAUAUAGUAACCACCAGUAGAGAGAACUUCACACCGUGGUUACCAGCCUGGAGCUGGAUGUGAGCCCUGCACACACACCUCUGGAGCUGUUCCUACCCUCCAUCAAUAGUGUUGACUUUAAAUCUACGUGAUAGAGAAACUGGGGAAAAAAUUGAGAGGAGUUUCUGAGAGAAUUCAACAAGCCGGCCCACUUACUUUCUUCCAGUUACUUUUAGUAUCUUUUAUCUAAUGAAUAUGAAAUAAAACAUUUGAAGAGUGUCAGUACUCCAUGCAUGCUGCUAAAGUAAACUUUGGAAGGAAGUGAUACCUCCAGACUGGGUUUAUCUUAAUCUGGGCUAUAAAUAAAGGAGAAGCACAGAUGAUAGAAUUCCCUGGUUUUAAUUGGGAAAACAGGGCUUUCAAAACUCUGACCUCAGCUAAAAAUGAUAUGCAAUAGUCUGUGUGUGUGUGUUUGAAAUAUAUUCUGUUCUCAGAAAUUUCUCACAUUCUAGUAAUUUGGGGCAUGGUCUUAAGAGCAAAUACAUAAUUCAUUCCUGCAUUAUUUUGACGCAUCCUUAAAGCCAGGUUCUUGCUGCAACUGCAGUUACCCAUGAGAUGAAGGACCUGGUUAGGGAUAAGGGUCUUUCCAGAUUUCAUGACUAUAGGCAUUUGUCUCUCCUAAGUGCCAAACACUCUGGAGACUGAAGGACUGUGGUUUUUGCAAUGAACCUGUAAUGAAAAACCAGAUCUUUUGUAAAUUAUAAGAAAAAAGAAGGAAGAAAAGGUAGGGGCACACACCUGAUCUGUUACUUGUAAAAUCGAGGUGUUGGCAGUGGAGUCCCUCUAGAAUUCUAAUUGGGAUUUUUGUCUUGAUUUGUUUUCCUCACUUGUGUUUUGAAGUGAAUAUGCUCCAUUAAAAAGUAAAUUUUGUGUUAGCUUCAAUGUUAGUUGGAGUUAGAUAAGAUGUGCGUAGCACAGAACUUUGCAGUAAGUGUGGUAUGAAAUACUGGACUAUGGAUUUUAUAGGAAUCAUGUUAAAUGGUGAGAGGGUACCUGUUAAGUAUUACUUUAGGGAUCGCCAUCUUUUCAUUCCCCUCAGAGCACUAGCUUACCCAGCUUGCAGUUUUAAGACUGUGAAAACCUGUUGAUGAGUCCUGCACUGGGUCCCACAUAUAAGAUUUAUUUGAAUUUUGCUAAGUUGGAGCAUGUUGGUUGGUAUUAUACUGAAGCAUUGAAUGAGUACUAAGUCUGCUGUAAGGAGGAAUAAGACUAUAACUUGAAUUAUAUAUUAGGGUCCUCCUUUAAAUGGUGCUUUUUGUAACCUUUAAUGCUGAGGUAUAGAACUGCUUUUCAAUAUUUCUCAAAGGAAUGGUAUACAGAUGUGGACUGUAAAACUCCAAAUGUAAUUUGCCACUGGACUCUGACAUGCCUGAAAAUUGUGAUAUAACACAUAAGAAAUUUGGUAUUUUCCCUCAUAAAACUUUAAUAAAAGUAUUACACAGCAAUAAUAA